GGCUGAAAGAUUUGGUACGUUUUUAAUGGAAAGUAAACACACCUUUGUUUGUUUCCCCCCAACCAUUCCUAUCCUCCUCUCAUGGAAUCCAGUCUCUUCAAAGGCUGGCAGCGAGGGGGAGCUGUGUCAUGGGGCAGAUAGCCUGGGAUCCUCAGGCAGCACCAACACCCUGGCCUCCUCUGUGAUGGAGGUGGAGGCUGAGGCAGAGCGGCCGGAUCCCUUUCUGGGCCUGGAAGAAGAGGACCUACCCCCCCUGAGCGCCCCGCCCACACUCUCCAUCACCGAGGAGAUCAUGCAGUUCAUUAACCAGAGCCGCGUGCGAGAGGGCAUGGCCGAACUCAAGUCUGACAUAGUAUGGGAUUCACCCCUGGAUGAGUCUCUGGAGGACCAAGCAACUGAGCCACAUCCAUAUCCACUUGCUCAGCAAGGAAAUGACCUGCUGCUUGCUUCCCCUACGGAGGAGACUUACGAGUCGCAAGACCCCCAUCCCAAUAGUCCAGAGGAGAUAACAGUGCAACUGGAGGAGCGCAGAACCGAAAUGGAAGACCAAACUCUUCCACCGUGUCUGUCCAGGGAAUCCUCAGAGGAGGGUGGUUGUGAAGAGGGAGAGUCAACACCUUUGCCAACUGAUGUUUUAGAGGAGAGGCCUCAGGAGGAGAGCACAUCAGCCAAAGAAACCGGGACAGUUGGGGAAAGAAAUGCCUCAGAGGUGGAGGACGAGCAAAUGUUCGAAACCUCGACGCCACUCUCUCCUGUAAACCUCCCAGACGAAAGAGAGAGGGAGAAGGAACUCUGCUCUGACCUCCCCAACGAGAACAAGCCCUCAGAAGCUCCUCUCUCUGGCCCAGAGCAGACUGUACAGAGCCCUCUGGCGCCCAAGAAAGAGACCCAGCUCACCAAGUCCGACAGGCAGAUCAUCGAGAAGAUCCGCAGCUACUACGAGGCGGCUGAGGCCGAGGCAGGAGAAGGUGAUAGCAGCCCGACCCCCAGGAGAAACAGCUUCUCCCUCAUUAUCCCCACCGGCUUGGUCAAAGACUCCGUGUCCCGAUUUGCUGUCUUUGGCCACCAGGACAGCCUGUGUGACUCGGAGAGCGGGCGCUCCGAUGGGGGGGCAGAACCAGAGCCUGAGUCAGAGCUGACCUCCCCUCUUCCGUCAGUGCCUGACCAGGGAGAGGGAGCCCUCAGCUCAGACUGUUCCUCCACUUCUGCUGCUGGUUCCCAGGAAGAGCACAGCCAGGCACCAGGUCAGGGUGAGCCUGCUCUGGAGAAAUGUAGCAGGUUUGAGCCAGGGAGUGAGCUGCCCUGCACAGAGCUGACGAAGGAUUGGAAAGAGAAGGAGAAAGUAGGAGCCCCUGUUAGCACAGAGAGGGAAAUCAUACCAAACCUGUCAACAGACAUCACCAAAGAGCCCUCAUUCAGCGACGAAGCAGCCAAAGCGAUCACAAAAGACCAGCAGGUAAUCAAUGGCCACGGACCAAGUCCAAGUGAUCUAGACGCAGAACCUAAAGAGGCCCAGAAAAACUCCACUGUCCCUCCACCUACAGGUCUUCAUGACAGUAAGACCGCCCCAGUGUCCCAGGCUGGGUGGGGUAGAAUCAGAGACAGGAGCUCCCUCACUGGGAACCUAGAGGGCCUACCCAGCCAGAUCAAGGUGGGCCGCUGGUCCCGCCACUGUAAGAUGGUGUCCUCCAGCCGGACCCUGUACGAGGGAGCAGCGGUCGCAGACGUGGCGGGGAUAGGCCUGUUCGAGGCCAGCCCCGGUGAUCCAUGUCUGGUGGAGAACUCAGAGAGAAUCCUCAGUAAAGUUCAAAUGCUGGCUCGAAUGUACAGCGCCAAGGCCAGCAUCAUGAAGGUGCCACUUCACCACAAGAGGGUGUGUGAGGGUCGUGCACCGUGGACCGUCACCACCAGGCACAGUGUCCCUCCUCAGGCCCAGCCGCCACAGCAGCAUCAGGAGGAGAAGAUUACAGUAAAAAGAGCUCAGAGCCAUUCCACUGGUUGCCAGGAGAUGACUUCAGGUUCCUCAGAACCCCAGCUCUUUGGCCACGUCCUUGUCAGCGAACAGCUUUCCCCCACCUACCGCCAGCAAGAGAACAGCUGCGCCCUGUCCGGACUCAGGGACAUUGUUUCCAACCUGGGAUCCACAUCCAUUGCCUCUCCCACCUCCUCCCCUCUGACCACCCCACCAAAAACCACGCAGGUUGGGCCUGAGGAGGUAGUGACUACUGCUGUGGAGGGGAAGCUUAUGGAGAACCAGUCUGAGGAAGUAAUCUCAGCAGCUGAGAUGCGAAGGCCUCACCCCAAGAGGGCCUCCCCAGUCCAGGAAGGCCCCAUCCAAGGGGUAGGGGUGGAGGUUCCAGCUGAUGGUUAUCCAGGGACCCCAGAGAGGUCUGUGAAUCUCAGCAGGACUUGGGUUGAGCAGAAAGGACAUAAUCUGUACUCCAUUAGGGAAGAUCCUGCUCUGGGGGCAGCAGCAGCCUCUUUAGCAGACCCAUGUGGGAACCAAGACAGGUCUCCAGGGUUUGGAGCUGCAGAGGAGCUGCUGAAGACCAUUCAACAGCAGGCUCCAACUGAACCAGAGACAAGCCAGGUGGUGAACCCAGACGAAGCCAGUUUAAACACCAAGAUAAUGUCGCCUUAUGUGGCCAGUGGGGCUGAGAGGGGGAGUUCACCCCAGAUGGCCCCUGGUCAUCAAAGCAAAGCUGAAUCCACCAAAGCCAAGUCACAAGAUGGCACUCUAGAUGAUCGGGAUGUUUCACCUGCAGCACCAAAGAUUUCCACUCACAUCUCCGACACAUCUCCCACACAACAGAGGUCCAUCUCUGGGCUAACUGAGGGGUCAAACCCCUUAGUGUGGCGUGCCACUCAGUCAGCUAUGACUGAACCCAUGCAAGCAACACAUACAUCUGGUCAGAGAGUCAAGGAGAGUCAAGUCCCAGAGGAUUCCAAAGGAAAAGAGGGGGACAUGGUUCCCCGUCCGUGGUCAUCGCUCCAAAGCCUGAUGCCUACACCUCCGCCAGGGGUGCAGUCCUCUGACUGUCUGCCUAAGUUCACCAGCCAAAGACCACCCAACCUGCACCUGCCCACUACCAAGGGCAGAAGGAGCCUUCCUAUGAAUUGGAAUGGAUCAAACAACGCCACACUCCCCAGCCAAAGACUACCACCUUCUCCACUGAGGUCCAGAGAGCCAGUCCAGGAUCCAUUACUCCCAUCCAUCCAUGCAUCAGGGUUGUCCCCCGUCAGAAGGCCUUCCUCCCAGCCCUCACUGGAGAGAUCAGCCACCAUGCUUCCAGGCAUUGGCCAACCCAUGGAUGCCAAGCCCCCCUCUGCCUUCAGCCCCAGUCUCCACCAGCACUCUCCCUCCCCCAUCAGGGGACUCCCCUGCUCCUCUCCCACCCCUUCUGCCUUGACCAAGUCCCUGGCUGCCUCCUGCAUCAGCCAGUCCAUCAGCCAGAGUCUGGCCAGGAACAACGCUCGCUUCCAGGACCAGGCCACCCCUCCCCCAGACAGUCCAGCCCCUCUGGCUCCCGCUCCCACUGCAUCCCCACUCAGGAUGAGGUCUCCCUCCCCCAAACUCACCUCUGGCCCCAGCGGCCCCCCUCUGAGCCCUGGCUAUGCCCAUGCUUCUUACUCCAGAGAUGGGAGCCAGCCACCUAAAUGUCCCCCUUCCCCUCUCCGGUCUACUUCACUCCGCUCCAGCCCAUGCGCAUCCACAGCCCCAGCCCUGUCCCCCCCACCGUACCGCAGCCAGCGCUCAGUCUCCCCAGCCCCCCCAGUCAGCCUGCAUCACACCGCCUCUUCCUCUGCCUCUCCCCGGCCCAGGCCUGCUGCCCUACACCAGCCACGUCAUAUUGGUUUGAAUGGAAACAGCAACAACAAUAAUAACAAUAACACCACUAACGGAGGAUGGGUCGCGAAUCACCCGAAGCCACCGUUAGCGAGUGCCAAUAGUAUACCCCAUCCCCAUGAUCCUCUUUGGAGUGGUUCUACUCACACACUCAACAGGGUGGCAAGGCCCUUCUCUGCCUCGGAGCCCAGCUCACGAGUGCAGUCCCCGUCCCCCUCUCCCUCCCCAUCUCCAUUCAGCAGGAUCUGCUCCCCUCCCCCAGUCCAGAAUCACACAGGCCCCUUGAUGAACAAGCCCCCCAACCCUAGAAGCACCCGGGCAGGAGGGGCUUGCCCCUUCAAUCACCUGGGCCUCUCCCUGGAACUCCCCAGGGCCUCCUCAGCCUGCUCCUCAGGCAUAACCUCCCCUCCGCCCAUUGGGGUUCCUGCCAAUGUCUGGGGAGUUGCCGCUCCUCAGCCGCGGAAGGCCAAAUUAGCAUUUCCUUUCUCCUCCAUAGCCUCACCCACAUGGAUAGAUGUUUUUCCCCCCUCCAUUCAGAGAAGCUCCAACACCACCUCCCCUCCCCCAUCUGGUUUCUCCCCAUGCUCUCCAAGCCAUUCUCAGAACCUGCGGAGGACCAAGGGAAGCAGCCUGCCCUUCCUUAGCCUGGCUGACCGACCACCCAGUCCAGUCAGGAAUGGGAGGGGGUCUUGGGGAGAGAGCGGAGGGCGCAGGUCUGUGGGUGCGGAGCAGGAGUCUGGGUUGAUAAGCCCCCGAGGGGGAUCCUGCUCCUACAGCAGCUCCUACAGUGGCUCCCCAUCCUGCCUCAGCCCCGGGGCCUUGUCCCCUGUCAGACUGGCCCCUGGGAAGAGCACCCACGGCGAGCAACACUUCACCAGCAUUGCCUGGCCCGACGUACGAGAACUCCUGACCAACUAUGACAGUGGGGACAGCCCUGACCAGAGUGCUCCGACCUCCCCUGUCUGGCCUCAGGAUGAAUGGGGUGACCCAGACCUUGGGGAGGACAGUUGCCGGAGCCGCCUGAUCUGUGCCUAUGUGCCUCGGGCCUCCCCAGCCCCAGACAUGGGCGUGCCCAUCCAGUACCCUCACAGGAGUGAGCCAAAGCCAGAGGACACCUCAAUGCAGGCAGCCAAAAUAACUCUAAAGACUAGCUAUGCUACCACUGUGAACCUGCAGAUUGCUGGCAGUGGACGUAUCACUUCCUUCAGCAACACCCAGGUGAGCCUGAACCAGACCUUAGCCCCUGUGGUAGACAGCCAGGGCAGACGGAGGGUCAGCAUCAAUGCCUGCAACCUUACCCUUCCCGUUCCCCAGAACUGCAAGAGGCUGUGAGGAGCUACGACUGGGGAACUCCUCCAAGGUGCCUUAUGCCUCACUGAAAGUCUAAAUAGGCACUUUACCCUGAAACAGUGGUGUUCAUCGGGAUCCUAUGAGAUAUAACUCCAGGUAAUAUGGUAAUGAAUUACAUUAGACUUAAUUGGACAGUAGACUGAAUCACCUGUUCUUCCAGAUGACAAUCUGACAAUGUCAGGGAUUCUGCAACCAACCCCACAUAUCACCGUUCGGCCACCUAUAUCACUGUCCAACAGGACACCGACUGAACCCACAGACAAAUUAGUUUGCCAGUGUCGUUUUUAUUAGUCUUUUUGUUGUUUGUUCUUUCAAAAUAAAUUCUGUUUAUUCUGUUCAACAAAAAAACGAUGUCUUGUUUAUCAAACUCCUAUGUUUGUGCUUGUGGCUGGCAUGGUAAAAAUGGUCAAUUCUUUUUAUUUAUGAACUAGUCUUAUUUUGUCUGCAUUUCUGGCACUUAAUUUGAUGUCUUUAUUUUGCACAAUGUCCUCAGCUGUGUGUGUAGUUAAGACGUGUCUGUGAAGGUAGCUUUUAUUUCAGACCAAAUCAUGAUGUUGAUGUUUUUAUGUGUUCUUUCCUAUGUAGUUUUAUCAGUGGUUCAUGUGGAAAAAAUACAUGAUUUAUUUGGUUACACAAGAGCAGAAAAUAAGGGAAAAUAAGAGCAACAAAUUUCAGGGAAAACAAAGUGCAAGAAAAUGAAUGGUGACAACCAACAUGCAUUUUUAUUGCUACACAACACAGUGUCUUCAGGCUACAUUGGCCCGUUUUGAUAGGCCUAUGCUAACUACUUUUUUAAGUACAGUAUUUAAAUAUCAGAUUUGAAAUUAUGUUAACUCCUGUGGUCAAAAGACUCAAAGAACAACCACUGUGUCUAUUACUGAUGUGCAUUUCAGUUAUUUGUACUCCAAUAAUAAUAAUAAAAAUAUU